GCAACACUGGCAACGUCACGCGUUCGUUGAACAAAAUGUUGACAAUCUGUUGCUCAUCACUAGCAAAUCAUACGCAACAUAAAAAUUUUCACUGCGCAAUUGAGAUGGAGGAGGAAAACAUAAAGCUAAGCUUUACUGAAACCAAGUUGUUGGUCAGGUGUCGAUUGGAUAUGGAAGAUGAGUUUGUAAGUGGGAGGAAAAGGAAAUCUGUUCUUUUGGGCAAAGUUCUGGAUAAAAUGAAAACUGAUGCUCUAGAUCUCAGCCCUACAAGAGAUCAAUUACAGAAGACAUUUUUAAAUGUGGUCGCAACCUACAAAAGAAUUAAAAAGAGAAACAAGUGUACAGGACGAGAUGCCACAAAUUGGAAAUUGUUUAAUGAAUUCGACGAAGUUUAUAGCAGUAUACAUUCCAUUUCUCCUCCAUCUCAAAAUCUGUAGAGUUCCCCGGAUAUUCCUUGCAACGAAAUUAUACAAGAUAAUGGAGAAGUUCAUGAAUGUCCAGGCAACAAUCAUCAAUCCGACAUUGAUUCUGAUGGGGAAACUGAUCACAGUCUCUAUAUAAUUAUAGAGAGAAGGAUGUAAAUGUUCGUAAUAAACAACGUAAAAUACCAGGAACCGAGUUACUGGAGUUUUUGAAAAAAGAGGCUGAUAUUACCAUUCAAAAAAACUGAUCUGAGUAAUUUUCAAAGACUUAUUAGUAUUGAAUACUUAUUUUUUGAAUGAAGUAAUUUUUUUUUGUUUUAGUAUUAAGUAUUUUAUUUACGUAAA